AGCAAUAUUAUUAUUUUCUUUGCAAUACAUUGCGAGUGCGGUGUGUGCCUAGUACAGCUCUAAUGAUGAGCGGAGCAUUAAGCGGGUGUCGGUCAGUGCUGGUAACCGGGGCGAGCAGGGGCAUCGGUCUGCAAAUAGUUAAAGAUUUGGCUAAAAAGACCGAAAGACCGGCGCUAAUUAUCGCGACUGCCCGUAGCCCAGCGGCUGCAGAGGAACUUCAAAGAGUUGCUAAGGAGUCCUCAGGCGUCCAUGUUGUAACACUUGAUGUAACCAGUCAAGCCAGUAUAGAUGCUGCCGUUGAGGAGGUGUCAUCUCUGUUGGGGGCCGAGGGGCUGAACUGCCUCAUAAACAAUGCAGCCGUCCACAAGGCCACUGACCUCGAAAUGGUGACAGCUGAGGAGAUGCUGAAGACAUUUGAAUGUAACACUGUGGCCCCUCUCAUGGUCACUAAGGCCUUUUUGCCGCUUCUGCGAGCAGCUGCGACACGUGGCUCUGGGAUGGGGAUCCACAGGGCUGCUGUGAUCAAUGUGUCCUCCAGUCUCGGAUCUGUUGAGUUGAACUGCGGAGCUCUGGAAUUGAAGUGUUAUCCCUACAGGGCCUCCAAGGCAGCCUUGAACAUGGUGACGAGGUGUCUAGCCGUAGAUCUGGAGUCGGAGGGAAUUCUCUGCGUGGCCGUCCACCCGGGCUGGGUGCGCACUGACAUGGGGGGGCCACGGGGUGAGCUGAGUGUGGAAGAAAGUGCUUCUUCAAUCCUGAGUGUGCUUGCUGGAUUGUCUGAAAAGGAUCACGGAGGAUAUCUGGACUACACAGGGAAAACACUGCCUUGGUGACAUUUCCGCUGGGAAUAUUCUGUGUGCCUCCUUCAUAUUGCUAUCCGGCUGUAAAUGUCCAGUUCUGAAAUAAAUGACUCGCUAGAUAUUCA